CUCCCUUCUUCCAACACGACACAUAACGGUCCGCAUCAACAGGCAGAAUAAGGGAGAGCUUUAUUCCUCUUCGGUUGGAUUAGAACGGUAUUGACACAUGCUACGGUAUCCACUUUUAGAAUAAUGGCGCAUUUUCUAGAGUUGUAUCGUUUUGAACGAGUUGUUUCCCAUUUCCUCUGAAAUGAACCUUCGUUCUAUGGUUGUCUUAAGUUUAUCUUCAUGCAAUAGAGUGAAUUGACGCCCAAAGGAAUCAAACAGAAUGUGAUAUUUGAACGAUUUUCGACACAUAGCAGAACAUUUGAUUACGGACACGUAAGCGUUUCACCGUAAGGUCUACUACACCUGUUAUAUUCGGCGCAUGUGACAAAUACAAAACGGAUUUGAUUUGAUAUGAGGAACAAGCGAAGAGAGAGGGAGAAUCCAACAGCCGGCUACUUUCCCCAGCGGAAAUGAGCUCAGUCGGGGUUUUUCCAUCUUUUAGAACAUAACGGGAUUCAGCCACUACUUGCUGCCGGUGGAACCCGGAAGGUUCUCAUUCCACAACCAACAUCUUUUCAGGGCUGAUUCGGAUGGAAUGUCAAAGUAACUCAAAUGAACUACAUCAACACGGACCGCAGCGACACGCAAUAUAAUCAUCACCACUGCGAAGGAGGCAUGGAAGGUGGCUUGGGCACACCCACGUCAUCAGCUGGCAGCUCCACCUGCAAGAGGCUCCAGCAGCACCGGCGCCCAGAGUACCUGAGGACAGAGUUACACAGGCUACAGAGCACCCUGGCUGGGGAGGAGGGGAGGACAGCCUGCCUGACCAACGGAGCAUCUGGAUGUCGUGGGAUGAACAGGCAGAACGGGCACAGUGUUGUCAUAAAGACGAGCAACACCCUGAGACCACGUGUACCACCGGCUGGCUCAUGUGUCUCAGUCAGCCAGCAGCUCUCUCCUCUGGAGACAUACGGCUCAGAAGCAUACAAGCCAUCCCUAAGUUACCAAAACAACCACUUCAUUUCCUCCUCUCCUACUCUUCCUCUUCUCCUUUCCUCUCCCACUCUUCCUCUCCUCUCCUCCUCUCUUCUCCUCUCCUCUCCCACCCUUCCUCUCCUCUCACCCUCUCCUCCUCCUCUCUCACAGGAAGAGGGGUGUUGUGUCACUAAGUUUUCAUCAUCCAGCCCUCAGAGUGACUUCAGGUUGACCCCAGGGUCAAUCCCCCUACAGCACUGCCUCUUGAGCCCUAACCCCGGGUCUAGUUCUGCUGCCUCUGCCACUCAGUUCCGCCCUCCUAAGUCCAGACCCAGGUACCCUAACUCCAGGACCUGUCCCUCUGGUUCCACUGGCUCCAGGUCACCCCAGUCCCUCCAGCCUACCUGCCACUCCAGGCCACCUCCUUCAGGGGACACCCCCUUCAGCUCUUCUUUCAGCUUCAUCCAACAGUCACUGAGCUCCAGUCACAGGACAGAUACAGACACUGCAGCUGGUGAGAGGCCCCCUGGCCUAGACCCAGACCCACAACCACUGAACAGCUCCACUAGUCUAGAGCCAGACCCGCUGGAUCAGUCCUCAGCUAGGUCGUUAAGAACUGGAUCAGUCCCAUCCCACUCAGAACCACUGAAGUUGUCUGGGUCUGUCCCACCCUGCCAACCUGUAUCAGCCCCCCUUGACCAAUUACUAUCCAGGACAUGUGGCUCGAGCUCCAACCAAUCACGACUAGGAGUUUUGGGUCUCUCUUUGGGGCUUUCUGUUUCAAAACUGUCAACUCCGAGUCGUGUCCAAUCAGAACCAGGCUCCGUUCCUCGCAGCCAAUCAGACGGAGUACGGGACCGGCUCUCACCUUGGGUGUGGCAGGACCGCCACUGGGAGGGCCGGGAGAGUGCGGGACCACGUCUGCGGGCGGAGUUACCCUCCUCUGUGACCUCUGACCUAACGGAGGUGGAGCCUGACUGUGACUCCUCCUCUCUGGACACAGAAGCCUCCUCCUCCCUGUCAGUAGCGGAGGACUCUGACGCUGCCACUGUCUCCUCCCUCACCUCAGGGUAUGAGAGUGCCACGCCCACUACUGCCUCUGUCUCCUCCCUCACCUCAGGGUAUGAGAGUGCCACGCCCACUACUGCCUCUGUCUCCUCCCUCACCUCAGGGUAUGAGAGUGCCACGCCCACUACUGCCUCUGUCUCCUCCCUCACCUCAGGGUAUGAGAGUGCCACGCCCACUACUGCCUCUGCCUGGAAUGACUGCGUUCCAGACCAGAACCAGAACCAGGACCAGGACCAGGACCAGAACCAGGACCAGGACCAGGACCAGAACCAGGACCAGGACCAGGACCAGAACCAGGGCUGGGACCAGAACCAGGACCAGAACCAGGGCUGGGACCAACUGCUCAGGAAGUACGAGGGUGUCCUUCAAGAUUGCCUGCACAACAACCGUACUAAUACUACGAUUGAGUCCAUGAUGGCGAAGCUGCAGAGACUAAAGCAGAAGGCUAUCCUGGAGGAUGAGUAUGACUCAGCUGAGCGUUUUGGUGAGAAGCUGGAGGAGCUGUGUAGAGAGAGGAGUUCACUGAGGCUGGGUCUCCCCUCCAGACAGCCCAGCGUGGCUCUGUUCCUCCAGAGACUCAGAGAGGCAGUACACAGCGCCCUCACCAGGAUGGAGGACCACAGGGAAGAGGUGGAGAGUGAUGGAGGGGAAGUGGCUGAAACCGUCCAGGGUCCACUGCAAAGGAGAGAGUAUUUGCUGCAGGAGAAACGCAUAGUGGAGGCGGAGAUGGCAGAGUUGCAGUGGAGACUUGGAGAGCUGCAGUCUCGGAGUUGCAGCCUGGAGCACCAGAUCCAGCAGGAAGAGGAGGAUCGACAGACAGAGGAGGUUGAAGGACCCGCCCUGCGCAGCUGUAGCCACACCCAGCUCAGAGACAUGGGCAAUGCCCUCAACGUCCUGGUGACAUCACAGAGCAGGACCAGGAUCACUGCCUGUUCCCCUGAAGCCAUACUCAGACUCCAGGAUCAGGAACAAACACUGAGUCUGUCCAUUAAAGAUGCUACGGCUAAAGUAGUGAUGAGUCAGAGGUUGGGAGGAAGUCUGAGAAGGAAAGUCAGUGAGACAGAGACUCAGCUCCUGGCUCUCCAUGAAGCCAAGUUAGCUGCCAUCUCAGGUACCUGGCUAUACAGAUAUCAUGCACCUCUACCUCUACCUCUACAUAUAUCAUACUGCUCCUGGCUCUCCAUGAAGCCAAGUUAGCUGCCAUCUCAGGUACCUGGCUAUACAGAUAUCAUGCACCUCUACAGAUAUCAUGCACCUCUACCUCUACCUCUACAGAUAUCAUACUGCUCCUGGCUCUACAUGAAGCCAAGUUAGCUGCCAUCUCAGGUACCUGGCUAUACAGAUAUCAUGCACCUCUACCUCUACCUCUACAUAUAUCAUACUGCUCCUGGCUCUACAUGAAGCCAAGUUAGCUGCCAUCUCAGGUACCUGGCUAUACAGAUAUCAUGCACCUCUACAGAUAUCAUGCACCUCUACCUCUACCUCUACAGAUAUCAUACUGCUCCUGGCUCUACAUGAAGCCAAGUUAGCUGCCAUCUCAGGUACCUGGCUAUACAGAUAUCAUGCACCUCUACCUCUACCUCUACAUAUAUCAUACUGCUCCUGGCUCUACAUGAAGCCAAGUUAGCUGCCAUCUCAGGUACCUGGCUAUACAGAUAUCAUGCACCUCUACCUCUACAUAUAUCAUACUGUUCCUGGCUCUACAUGAAUCCAAGUUAGCUGCCAUCUCAGGUACCUGGCUAUACAGAUAUCAUGCACCUCUACCUCUACAGAAACCAUACAGAUUUACAUAAAUCAUGCACCUCUACCUCUACAUAUAUCAUGCACCUCUACAUAAAUCAUGCACCUCUACCUCUACAGAUAUCAUGCACCUCUACCUCUACAUAAAUCAUGCACCUCUACCUCUACAGAUAUCAUGCACCUCUACCUCUACAUAAAUCAUGCACCUCUGCCUCUACAGAUAUCAUGCACCUCUACCUAUACAGAUAUCAUGCACCUCUACCUCUACAUAAAUCAUGCACCUCUACCUAUACAGAUAUCAUGCACCUCUACCUAUACAGAUAUCAUGCACCUCUACCUCUACAGAUAUCAUGCACCUCUACAUAAAUCAUGCACCUCUAACUCUACAUAUAUCAUACACCUCUACCUAUAUCAUACACCUCUACCUCUACAGAUAUCAUACACCUCUACAUAUAUCAUACACCUCUACAUAUAU